AGAGGGCGCUGCAGGAGCCGCACCGCACACCGGGGAAGAAGCAGCGCCACCGCUCACACGGAGCGCGCGCAGGGACUCGCUGCAGGAGUGUGAGGGAGUGAGUACCGGAGUGAGAGAGAGUGAGAGAGAGUGUAAAGCUGUGUGAGAGAGUGUGUGUGUAUAAGUGUGUGUGUAAUAACCGGCCAUGCUGACGGUGAGCUCCCGGCUGGUUAAAGCGCGCGCGGUGGCGCUGAUAGCUCGGCGCGUGCAGUGCGGUGUAGGAGGAGCGCGUGCGAGCAGCAGCAGCACGAACCCGCUGGUGUUUCUGGAGCUCGCGGCGGAUUCACAACCUCUAGGGAGAGUCACCUUACAGCUGAACGCGGAUAUCGUUCCAAAAACAGCAGAGAAUUUCAGAGCUCUGUGUACAGGAGAACAUGGCUUUGGAUAUAAAGGCUCCAUCUUCCACAGAGUCAUACCGCAGUUCAUGUGUCAGGGUGGUGAUUUUACGCAUCAUAAUGGUACAGGAGGGAAGUCGAUCUAUGGCCCGCAGUUUCCUGAUGAGAACUUCACGCUGAAACACACAGGGCCUGGGGUUCUAUCUAUGGCCAACGCAGGACCAAACACCAACGGCUCCCAGUUCUUCAUCUGCACUGUAAAAACCGAAUGGUUGGAUGGGAGGCACGUGGUGUUCGGCACUGUGAAGGAGGGGAUGGAGGUGGUGAAGAAAGUGGAGGCGUUUGGGUCUCGCUCUGGGAAACCCUCCAAAAGGAUCAUCAUCACCGACUGUGGAGAACUCAAAUAACACACACACACACACACACAUGCUCACACACACGACGAGGUCUUGGGUUCAGUGUAUGUUUUACUAAAAAACACUUCAGCAUUGAGAAUACCAGCCAAAACCAUGGGCCUCGAUCCAAUACAUUUCAUAACAUGCCCUCGUUCACUGCCUUGCCCUUCUGUCCUUGAGAUUUUUUUUUAUUUUCCUGGUUUAAGGAUAGCUGAUAAAUAUAUUCAGGUUGGGUUUUAUUCCUCCAAACAAAGUUAGCUAGCUAACGCCGAUAGACUAGCCGUAAGGUCGUCUGCUUUAGUGAGCGUCUUUUCGCUCUGUUGCAAAUUUCCCCGAAUCAGACUCACUAUCUUUAGAGAAGAUCCCUGAAUAGAAUUAGCCUAGCUAGCAUUAGCACUGAGGAGUUUUGUGUUGUAAGCUGUACUGAAAUGCAGGGAAAUGCCUUGCAAACAAGAGCAAUAAUGCAGAUUAGCGUGGGAUUAAUUUACCGCCGUAACGUAGCCUGUGAAUCGUGGAUCCGAGCCGAGUCUGGAUUCAAUAACCCUGGAUUAUUUAGUGCUCAGGUCCUGAGUCUCCGUGUUAAUGUGAAUGUUGUGUAUCUGUGUUUUGUGAAGCCAUUGCUCAGGGACAAACCCCCCAUUUACACCUGUACAAGUGGGCGGAGCUUCGAGUGAGACCGGUGUGAGACACUGGUGGACAUUUAAAUAGCAGAUUGAAUUUGAGGGACAGUUUCAGUGUAAAUCUCUGAACACCGACGAGGGGGACGUUUCAGUGUGUGUGUUUACUGUGUAUCUGUGUGUUUGAGGUAAAUGUGGUGUUUAACCUGGAUUGAAUCCUGCUGGACUUUAACUUGGAAAUAAAAUAAAAAGCUAACGCAACCUCCUGA